AUGAACAAGAAUAAUUCAUUAGAGAGACACCUUCUCACCCGAUGCUUUUCUUCAGAUGCAAAGAUUGAAGAGCUUCUUUCAACCCGAUAUUCAAAUCUGGGAGAUCAGAAACCUGUGUUGGUGUUGAUGCCAACGGGAAGAGAGAAUGCAAAAGAAAAGUCAUUAUUCCACAGCGAAAGGAAAAACGGAUUCGGUGAUAAUGUUAACAAGGAAAGAAUAAUUUCUACUAGGCAACAGUUGAAAUUAUACGUGAAAGAGACCACGAAGCGCCAAAAAAGGUUAAUAAAAAAACUACAACUGUAUAGUAGAACGAAGACAGAUAAAUCAAAGCCAUUUCCUAUAGAGCUGUUAAUUAAACAUUAUUCUAUUCCCAAGUUUGAGGACUUUAUAGGUUUAAACACCUUAUGGCAGAAAUAUAUGCAAGAUUUGUUGUUUUCUAAUGACAAGAUACCCAAUUUAACGACAUUGCUUCCGAAGCUUGCCAGUGCUGAUUUUGUCGGCUGUAUGUUAACUGUGAUUCGAUCUGCAAACAAUAAUUUGGUAGGAACCAGAGGCAUAGUAAUAUGGGAUGCUCAACAUUCGUUUAUUCUAUGUGUCCCUAGGAUGGAGGACUCUAAAGAAUGGAAAGAAAAAUCAUCGUCUUACUCGCCGUCAGAACAAGUAGGUGGAUUAAAAAUUAUCCCAAAGAGUAAGUGUUUUUUUUCAUUCGAGGUCAUUUUACCAAGCAGCGGAGAAGAUUCAUCUGCGUCAACAGACGAAGAGUGCAUCGGUUUCACAAUUAUAGGUUCCAGAUUCGAAUUAAGAUCAAUCGAUAGAUCUGGUAGGAAAUUUAAAAAUCAUAAGGUAGAGGACAUUAUAUAG